AUGUUUAAGUUUCUGUUUUUGUGUUUUACAUGUAUUGUGACACUUUCAACAAGCAAUGUAAAAUCUCAUGAAAAUGGAAACUUUCCCGCCAUAGACAAUAUUAUUCAAGGACUGAAUGAAGAAGUAUGGAGUGAUGAAGAAGCGAUGUGUCUACAAAAAACCUUGGAGCUUUUGCAGAAUGUUAAAAACUUCACAUUGUGGGCCACUUGGAUAUGGGACGCAAACAAAUUACCUUCAGGCAAUCUUUACGGUUCGUGGAUCCAGCUGAGCAAUUACGACCAGUGCUUGAACCCACCUUGGUUGGAUACGCAUCCUCAGUUCAAAACCCAGUAUUGUACUGCGGAAGUCGAAAUGACGCGAAGGGAAUUGAAGAGGGGUGUCUUUGACCCUUAUGCCUCAACUGAAGUGUACAUGAAAACAAAAACUAGGCAUGGCUAUCGUGUGAAUCAGUUUACCUGGGGCGUAUGUGUUCUUGCGUCUUGUGAACCAAGUUCGGUAGCCAAGAUCUUGAAACACAUGUACUUAGGGACCCACUUCAGAGCAAUAUCGAAUCCAAACAUAACUAUCUAUGAUUGCGACGUUGCUGGUGAAAGCGAAGACUUCGGAGUAGGAUAUUAUGUUUUCAUGUGUUUAAUAGUUUCGCUGUCAAUAGUAGCAGUAGGCUGUACAUAUUAUCGGACACGCAUGAAAAGCCAAACAAUACCUAACGAUUCAACUGUGGGCAAGAUAUUAGAAUCAUUUUGUAUGAACAGGAACACAACGGAACUAACAAAGACGCACAAGGAUGAAAUUAUAGCCGUCAAUGGUAUUAGGUCCUUAACAUCAGCUUGUAUGGUGUGGCUGCAUGUUCUAUAUCUCUAUUUCAUCUCAGGAUGUGCGAAUAGCGGCGACUUUGACGAAAGAAUAUUUUUAUUCGAUAAGUUUGUGAAUAUGAACCUCUUAGUGGAUACAUUCUUCGCGAUGUCUGGAAUGCUGCAAAUCAAAGGUCUUUUGGGAAGAAAGCAAAUUAACGUCCUUCUCAUCUUAUGGAAGCGAUAUGUGAGAUUGAUUGGCUUAUUCGCCCUGUCAAUGUUUUACUACGCUUCAGUAGUAAAAUUUCACGGCUCAGGUCCCUUAUGGAACAUAUUUUAUAACUCGGAAAGCAGUAUCUGUCAAAGGAAUUGGUGGUUCAGUUUGUUGAUGCUUAACUAUAAUAGCGGAACAUAUUGUUACUCCGUUACGUGGUACAUUGCCUGCGACUAUCAGUACACAGUCUUAGCAACUCUACUUAUCUAUAUAUACAAGAAGAACAGAAGACUAGCUCUCAACAUCUUUGGAUUAGCAGCAUUAAUAUCUGUGGUUAUACCAGGAGUUCUAACGUACUGGCAUAAAUUGCCACCUAUGUAUUACUUGGAUGUUGGGGAUUUCCUGACAAUGCGAGGGGACGACCGUUUGAACUAUACAUACUUUUCCAGCUACAGUCGUGCUGGACCGUACAUAGUCGGCAUGUGUUUGGGAUAUAUUAUGCAUGUCUACAAUCCUGCAAUUCAUAGACACUGUUUAUCAGUGCUAAAUUCUGUAACCGGCGCAAUCUUUUCUCUUCUGUUAAUGACGUUUUCGGCGUGUCUUGGUAGUUUCUUCCUAGAACGGGACUACAACGUCUUAGAAGCAAGUCUUGCCGCAGCUACCUACAGGUCUAUAUGGGCUGUUGGAGUGUGUGGUAUUAUUGCCUUCUGUGAAUAUGGGAAACUACCAUUACUGACAGAUUUUUUCAGUAGUUCAUUCUUCACUCCUCUCAGCCGUUUAUCGUAUGGAGUAUAUCUUCUACAUUGCUUGGUCUUGCAGCAAACAAACAAAAUAGUGACCAUUAAAUCUGCUCCAAUAUAUGACUCCUUUGCUGUUAUCAUUGAUACUGCCGGUGUUGGGGCCGUAUGUGUAGGAAUGAGUUACGUACUUUGGCUUAUACUGGAAGCACCUUUGAACAACUUGUCUGAUCGCUUCGUAUGUAAUAGGUUUACGAGCAAACAGGUUGAACCUAGUAAGAAAAAUGCAGUGGACGGAGAGCAAAUAAAAAUUAAAAACUCGUAA